GGGGCCGAGCCGGGCUGGCCCCUCCUCCGGCUCGGCCUCCCGCGGGGCGGCGGGCCCCGAGCGCAGAGCGGCGGCGGCGGGGCGCUGCCGGAGCCCGCUCCGCCGGGCCAUGGCCAGCACCGGCUCCGCGCCCGGGGGCGCGGGCCCGGGCUCGGGCACUGCGCUGCCCACCCGCUUCCAGGAGACAGAGAAGCUGCUGUCGGCGACAGAGGGCCGCGAGGAGAAGGGCCUCCGCGGCUCCAAAUCCUUCACGGCAGCCUUGCCCGGCGAGACGGAGCGCAACGGGCACGGGCUCGGCUACAAGUCGGUGUCGGUCGGGCACCUGGAGGCGCCGCCGCUGUCGCCGUCCCGGCUGAGCCUGGGCAGAGCCUCGUCCACGGCCACCAGCACGGCGGCCCCGGAGCAGGGCCGCCCGCGGGACUACCUGGUGCUCGCCAUCUUCUCCUGCUUCUGCCCCGUCUGGCCCCUCAACAUCGUGGCCCUCGUCUUCUCCAUCAUGUCGAGGAACAGCGGCCAGCAAGGGGACACGGACGGCGCCCGGCGGCUGGGACGCAUGGCCAGGCUGCUCAGCAUCGUCUCCAUCGUGCUGGGGACCAUCAUCAUCGUGCUCUACAUCUCACUCAGCGUCAGAGUUUCCUAGAAGACGUUUCAGCAUGCAAAUACCUUGAAGAGGAGGAAGACAACUUUCCUUUUGGGGUUUUUACUUUCAGCCUUGCAACAAAACAAAACAAAAAUUGUCACAGUGUAGGUGGGCAGCCCUAGACAGUCUGCUCUGGAGCGCCGUCGGAAGGAACGCAUGCUUCAAUCCACCGCCUCUUGGGAGUGAGCCUGUGCCAGGGAUGGGAUAAAAAUCACCCUGAGUAGGAAUGGGAGAGGCCACGAGGAGAGGAGAAGGGGGAAAUCCACUACCUCAUUCCCCUCCAGCAGAACUCACGGAGUGGGGAGACAACUAAAGUGCAAGAGGAGGAGAGAGUCUCCAGGACGAAGCUGGCUUGGGAAGGAAAAUACAAGGCGAGAAGGGGAUGUUUUGAGGAGUCCUCCUGAGAAUUUUGGCACAAGUCACUGGAUUUUUGGGGGGUUGUUGGUUUUUAAAUCGUCAAGUUGUCCAUCUCUACAAGAAAAACAAACAAACAAAACAAAAAACAACAAAACAAAGCUCAAACUGCCAUCAGGAGCUGAGAGCUGUUCCACGGAGGAGGAGGGAGAGCAGAGCUGCAGCAGGACCACGGCUCUGCUCCGAACGAAACGAAACGCAGCUGCCAAAGCUGGAGGAUGUGGUGGGUGCUUUUGUAUUUUUGAUGAAAAAAAAAAGAAAAAAAAAAGAAAAAAAAAAAAAAAGAGACAAUGACCAUUUGCAUGCCUUUGGGAAUGUUCUCCAUGUCUGUUCCUACGAGCUCUUUUAUCACUUAGGGCAGAGCUGGCAGAGCAGGAUGUUGCUGCAUGAGAACCCCAGGCUCCUCCUCACCCCCAUCCCAUGGUGGGCUUUUUAAUGGAAGGCAAAAUCAGGCAUUCCCUGUGAGGCCACACAUUUCUCUGUGCACCCAAAGGGAGGUCAGCACCCCUGGCACCGAGACAAGAGCCUGGUUAAUGCCCAACAGCAGCACCAAGGCACGGGGAUCCCGUUCCCCCCUCACACCCCGAUGUGGCUUCAGCGUGAUCCAGCCCCCACCACUGCCAGUGCUCAUCCCCCCGACCCUCUGGGGCUUCAGCUUAGGGCCUUCUAGGAGAUUUUUCAGGGGCAUGAAGGAGUUUUAGGCUCCUGCUCCUCUCCUUGCACCCCCCACCCAGCUCUUCUGCAGCUCUGAAAAUCCCCAGCGCCCCCGGAGCUGCCUGGGUCAGUCCCGCCAGUCGUUGUGUUAUUUUUUAAUGUUUUGUAUUUAACCUAACAAGAGAACAGACUCUGCUCCUCCCACUCUGUCUGUAGGUACCACAGGCCCUGCCAUGUCUUCCACAGCCCACGGCUCCCUCGGCCCAUCCCUGUGGGCCCCGAUCCCCAGAUGCUCCCUCGAGGCUCCAUCCAGCCCCAGCCUUUCUCCUCCCUCGUGGCUGCGGGGGUUUCCUGGGCUUGGCCCUCUCCCCACCCACCCAGACUAUGCAAAGCUCCAUUGCCUGUUGUUUUAGUCAGGCUUUGUGACUUCUGGCCACGUCCAUUGGCUCCCUGAGUCUCUUUGAUCCAAACUUUGGGGACGCACGACCAAGAGCUGCACUGCCCGGCCUCUCUGUUGUCUCACUUCUGCUCCCUGACUCCAAUCUCCUGAAAAACAGCCCAAAUUUAGACCAAAUUUGAUGCUUCCCAGGGCUUGUCUACAUGGAGAAUCCACCGAAAGAAACUUCACAACAUGGAACCUGCUUGGUACUAACGCCUUCCCUGGGCUCUGAGUGGGCACACGGGGUUAGCACAGAGUAGGGGUGAAGUGUAAAUCCAUGUUGUAGUUACUCUGUAGUAGCUAAUGUGCAAAGCCACAGGCACCUCUGUGAAAAUCCUCCUGUCACCUUUUUGAUUGCUCCUCUUUCAAGUGUUUUUUUUCCUCUAGACAUUCUUUGGAUGCAGGGGGUGAGAAAGCCAAAUCCCCCAGACACGCUGUCAACAUUUUUCCCUCCACUAAAAGGGAUUGCAGGGCCUCACAGCAAGAGCACAUCACUCCAGCACUUUCUCGGGCUCCAUUCCCAUCCACUCCUCUGCCAGCACUCCAUCACAAACUGCUGGCAUCUAAAAUGGACCAAAUCUGCAACUUUUCUUUUGCUAUUUACCUUUUGUGAGUUCAGCAAACAGGGACUGCUGAGCAUUUCUGGGUGGGAGCUCCCUCCUCCAUCCUCUGCCCAGGCACUGCAUCUUUUCCUCCUGAGCCCUUCAGAGACCCUCCCUUGGAUGUUCAAACUUUCAU